AUGAAGAAAAAUCUUAAAGAAGCCAAUAGACUGUGGCCAGAAAUACUCCCUGGAGUAUUAUGGGCGUACAAAACCACCCCGAAGAUGAGCAUAGGGGAGACACUCUAUUAUUUAGUCUACGGAACAGAAGCAGUUAUAUCAGUCGAGGUCAGAGAGCCCAACCUAAGGUACUCCCAUGAAAGCAGCACCAGCAAUGAUGGGAGUAGAAGGCAAGAGAUUGUUGAGAUCGACGAACGAAGAGACAUGGUGUACAUAAGAAAGGUCACCCAAAAGCAGAAAGUGGAAUGUUACUACAAUAAAGGCAAAGGCCAGGCCGCUCAAAGUCGGGGACUACGUACUCAAAGUCACAACCCAAGCAAGCAGAGAUCCACGAGAAGGCAAACUGGGAACAAAUAG